AUGGGGUUGAGAAGCAGCAAGUUGUUGAGCCAGUUGAUCGGAGCUCAAGGACUGAAAAGACAGAAAAGCUCACUUUCAAUGACACCAAAAGGUUAUGUACCUGUUUGUGUUGGUGGAGAUGGUAAUACAAAGCGUUUCAUGGUUCAUACGACGUUGCUUCGCCAUGCAAAGUUCUUGGAGCUGUUGUAUAAGUCGGCGGAGGAAUAUGGGUUUUCUAAUGAUGGGGUUUUGAGGAUUCCAUAUGAGGCCAGCGAUUUUGAAGAGUAUUGGAUGAUCAAAAGUUCUAAACCCAAGAUUUACAAGGUUGAACCGUUUAAUUAG